AUGAGUGCAAAUGAUACGUUCACUAAAGAUUUCUUCAACAGAGCAUCUACUCAGGAUUCGUUAAGAGAUAUAAUGAAGGAAUCCGAAGAGAUAAUGAAAAGAAACGGUUCAUUACAGGACACAACGGUCUUUAAUAGAAGUAAAGAUAAAUUACUAUACGGUAAGAAUGAUGGAUAUAAUGACCGAUUACAAACAGAUUCGUUAUUGGAUGAUAAACUGCGACAGCAGUUAAGAGGUAAUGCUCCUUUACCUUCCUCUAGGAUACCAUCUGCAUCGACAUUAUUAGAAAAUAAUAGAUCCAAUUCACAAAGAAGUAAUGAUAUGGAAAAAAUUAUUGAUUUUAUGUAUAAAUCAUCCAAUGAAAUCAAAUUAUUGAAACAGACAGUUCAUGAUCAGAGUCUUGAAUUGAAAAAUUUGAAAAAUGAAUUAGGAUUGCAGAGGCAAGAAAAUUUGAAUUUGAAUUUUAAAAUUAAAGAUUUAGAUAGAACCAUAAGAGUUAAUGAUCGAGAUUUGCCUUAUCUUGAAAAUAACCAACGUAGCAGUAGUGCUAAUUUAAAUUAUGAACCAAACAGAAGUUUGAGUUUUAGAAAUUAUUCUGAUAGAUUUAAUGAUACCCGAUUUCAAGAGUAUCCUAGAAACUACGAAGAAGAAGAUACAAAAAAAUUGCUCAAUACUAGGUUUUUUUAG